CCUCACCUGCACGAGUUCUUAGAUUUCGUAUUCAACCACAUUUAAAUCUCUUUUCAGUUCCGCCCUUUCUCUUUUCCCCUUCACUGUUGUUUACGAACCCUAGCCAACCUCCCUCUCUCUCUCUCUCCCCCCCUUUUCUUUCCUCUCUUUCUCUCUCUACCUACGUUCCAGGAAUCCUUCCCUGCUUCAGUUUCUCGCAUUUUCCCGUGUUUUCUCGGCUUUUCUUUUCCGUUUCUUCUUGGAUCUCUGCGUUGCUCUGAGGAGCUGCGAUAAGAUGGAGUUUGGAGGUGGCCGUAAGAGAGGGAGGCACGAUGCUUCCUUGAACGGCAAUGGAAGCUUCAAGAAAUCCAGGCCAGAAUUGGAGUCCUUAUCAACUGGUAUAGGAAGCAAAUCGAAGCCAUGCACAAAGUUUUUCAGUACUUCUGGGUGUCCUUUUGGUGAAGGAUGCCACUUCUUGCAUUAUGUUCCUGGCGGAUUCAAAGCAGUGUCUCAGAUGAUCCACAUUGGUGGUAACCAGGCCCUCCCUCCAGCUGCUAGAAAUUCUGCUGCCCCACCACCAUCGUUUCCAGAUGGUUCUUCUCCUCCAGCUGUCAAGACUCGCUUGUGCAACAAGUACAACACAGCUGAAGGCUGCAAGUUUGGUGAUAAAUGCCAUUUUGCUCAUGGUGAGUGGGAGCUUGGCAAGCCAACAGCUCCAUCCUAUGAUGAUCAUCAACGUGGUAUGGGACCAGUGCCGGGCAGGAUUGGUGGUAGGAUGGAGCCUCCUCCUCCGGCACACGGACCUGCAGCCAGUUUUGGGUUAUCGUCCACAGCUAAAAUCAGCGUCGCUGCUUCACUUGCCGGAGCCAUUAUUGGGAAAAAUGGUGUGAACUCCAAGCAAAUAUGCCGCGUGACAGGAGCGAAACUUUCUAUAAGAGAUCACGAGUCAGAUCCUAACCUAAGGAACAUUGAGCUUGAGGGUACGUUUGAUCAGAUCAAACAAGCCACUGCUAUGGUUCAAGAGCUUAUCUUAAAUGUCGGCUCGGCUGCCGGAAAUCCAAUGAAGGGCCAUCACGGUAUGGGACACUCGGGUGCGGCUAACAAUUUCAAGACUAAACUCUGCGAGAACUUUGCUAAAGGUUCAUGCACCUUUGGGGAUAGGUGCCACUUUGCUCAUGGAACUGAAGAAUUGCGCAAGUCAGCGAUAUAGCCUUUUUCACUUGCCUUGGUGCCAAUCUCUUUUUAGGACAAAAUCUUGUAAUAGCAAGUAGCUUUCUGUUCUUUGACUUUUUCUUUAUCCAUAUUGCAGCAUUUUGGGUUUGAUAAUAGGGUUUGAUAUUCGUGCAUUAUUAUUAAUUCGGCUUAUUUUCUCUU